AGUACGACCCGAAGGUGGUUUCGACGACCAGCCUCUCCGAGGAGGGCAUCCACGUGUCGCUCUCCAACUUCCCUGUGACGCCCACCGUGGCCGCCAACAUGCAGGCCGUUCGCAUCGCCCCCAACACGGCCGCCUCCGUCGCGCUCUCGGUCACCACGAUCGACCGAAGGGAAAAGUACCAGGAGAUCUGGCCGUGGUCGAAGCCAACCUGCAUCACGGAGGAGAAGUUCUGGCAGCUGAACGAGGAGGAGAGAGCGCACACGGAGAACAACCUGUACUUCGCCUUCUACUACAGAGUGUGUCCGCUCGUGCAUACCGGCUGCACGGCGCUGCCCUUCCGCCUCGAGGGAGAUCACACGCGUGAGUGCAUGCCGUGGGACGUGAUCUAUCAUAAUGCUAUGAAGCAAAACAUGUCCCAGUGUGUUAAGGAUCAUCUUGAGAAACAUGAUUACGGCAAGAGCGAAAUGUGCUUGAGUACGUCCAUCAAUCAGCAGCAGAGUUACACAACCAUAAUUAAGGACGUUUUGCAAGACCUUCACGGGAAGCCGAUUCAUCCCAACCUCACACUGUCCAUGGUCAACAUCUAUUACUCCGAACUUGGCUACACUGAAUACUACGAGCGGGUACCUACUUUUUUAACUUGGUUCAGUGACCUCGGGGGCCAAAUGGGAUUGUUCCUUGGCGCUUCCUUCAUCACCAUCGUCGAGUUCUACUUCGCCCUCUGCUACGUCCUGCGGGUUCUGUUAGCGAAGUCCUUCCGAGCCAUGUCCCGAAUCCUGAAGGAGUUUGCCAAGAAAGGCGCUUCUCAAGACGCAUGAGCGGUGGCGUGGCGAUCGUGCGCUCGGGCCUGAAACGAGCAAGAGAAAAACUAGGGGUAACUCAUCCAAAACUAAGCGAAUUGGAACCAAAUUCGUACUGAAUCUGUGUUUUAUGAUGAGUUUCAUGGGUGCUAAAUAUUAAGUAAAUCCAUCCAUUCACAGCAAUCAUAAAUUGCUCGGAAACUAUUUUUUUCUUGCGUCAAAACUAGCCGACCAGACUUAAUAUUUUCAUAGGCUUACACAUACCCAUUCUGCAAAGGAAAAAAAA